AUGCCUUCGAUCAACAGCCUGGUGGACCAUGAUCCACAUGCGGAUGUCGAUACCCCAACAACACCAAGAGCUGGUCACUUUCAAAACAACACCGCAGCACAGGAAGUAGUAGAUCAAACACCGUCCUCACAGAACGUGUCGACAUCUCCUUCCGGUCAUCCGCAAGAUGCUGCCCCGCCAACCCCCGAUAUCCACGACGAGGCUGUUCAUGACGACAACGAUGAUGCCAUGGACGUUGACGAGGCUCAUGAUGGGAAAGAGUCGGACGAUGAGGUAGAGCAAGAUGACGGUGACUCCAGUUCUCGGAAGAAGAAAGGCCAACGUUUCUUCUGCACUGGUUUCCCACCCUGCAAUCUCAGUUUCACGAGGAGUGAGCACCUUGCUCGUCACAUUCGCAAGCACACUGGCGAGCGUCCGUUUCAGUGUCAUUGCAACAGGCGCUUUUCUCGCCUCGACAACCUUCGUCAACAUGCGCAGACAGUCCAUGUAAAUGAAGAGAUCCCAGGAGACUCCCUUGCGGCAACAGGAACCCGAUUCCAGAGGCAGGUCCGCACCGAACGUGUUCGACCAGUACCGAGGCCUCGCAGUGGAACUAUGGGCAGCAAUGGAGGGCAUAGCAGAGGCCAUUCACGCAAUCUCUCGGCUUCUAGUAUCGGCUCAACAUCGUCCAAUUACAGUACCGUCACGGAGGCGAAAAGACGUCCACCUCCCCUCCUCAUGGCUAAUGAGGCCACUCGACCGAAGCUAGGCUUGGAUUCGCCACGUACGCCUCCUCCUCCUGGCCACUACAUGGUACCGCAUUCCCCUGGCGGCCUCAGCACCCCAACGUCGGCUACUUUUUCUGCUGCACCGGGUAGUCCGGGCUAUCCUCCUGCGUUCGGUUCGCCUGCCAUGGGCCACUCUAGAUCCUCCAGCUAUGACUCACGCCCUCGUCGUCUUUCUGUCCCGUCGGGGCCGAACCCGUUUCAGAACUCAUACAGUAAUCCGUAUGGAGGUUCUCCAUCCUCAGGCUCUUCGGUUCACACCAGCGUCUUUGCCAGCCCGACGUCCUCUACUUUCAACAACGGGUCAACCUCCCAAUACGCACCCGCUGACGAUCCCAGGAGACGGACAUGGCACCCAUCGACGUACAAUGGAGCCAACUACAACUACGGCAGACCUGCGACAAGUGGACUUCUCUACUCGCAGACGCCUGAUGCACCACAGCCAGCGUUUGCUCAACAUGCCACUGCAGCUGCUGGGCAGGCUCCUCGACUGCCCGGUAUAGAAACACUUUAUGAUGCUCAGGACCGUCGCGACCGUGGCCUGUCCCCUCCCCGGCGUCAGCCAAGUCCUAUGCGUAUGGAAUAUACCACGCCCACAUUCCAACGACCGAGCGAAUAUCCUCCUCUAGACGACAACGGACAGCCAGCCGCACGCCCCGUUUCCUGGGGUCAGCAGACGAUCGAGGAGAUUGGGCGAGUUGGUGGACCCCAGACCUACCACUUCAAGGCUCGCGAGAUGGGUCCACCUCCCCAGCAACCUCAACAGAUGGUGCAGGAGGCGAUGCAGGUGUCUUCCGGUAAGCAAAACAAACGCCAGGCUUGGUUCAGUGGACCUCCUCACGGCACGAGAACCUCGCCAGAGGACUCGAGCAGUAGCGAAGGCAUUCCAACACCUGGCACCUCCACGGUCGAGGUGCAUCCAGUGAUAAUGCCCAGCAGCGGCUUCAUCGAACCCCAACACCAGAUGAUGCCUUCCGAUGCACAUCAACAGGUAAUUUCCGCCCACAAACGAGUGACCCAAAACUAA